AUUGGAUGACUUAGGCAAAAUUGUCUGGAGCUUUAACUUAAUCUUAAAAAUUUUUGCAAAAUAUUCAUUAAAGACAAGAUAAUUUCAUAAAACUUGCAAGUAUUUGAAGUGUUUUGUUAUGUAAGCAUUACGAAAGUUGGUCUAUUUCGACGAUAUUUUAAAAGUAUCCUGUCAGAAUUUAAACUUAGAAUUGCUUGGGUAACCUAAACAAACUGGUAGGGUGAAAGAAUACUUCGCUAAACGUUACCUAUAACCAUUUAGCAAUAUCUAUUGCAAUUUUAAUUCCUUAUAUAGUAUGUCUCAAUCGACUCAUAGGAAUAUACGACCUUUGGAAAAGAAAUUAAGAGAGAAACUUCGAUCAUCUAUUGCUAUUACCUCGUAUGCUCAAUGUGUAGAAGAACUUGUCUUGAAUGCUUUAGAUGCGGGUGCAACAUGCAUUGCUGUAAGAGUACACAUUGCAAACAGUUAUAUUUAUGUUAUUGAUAAUGGUCGGGGUAUGACCAAACGUGAUAUGGAAACUGUUGGAAAAAGAUAUCAUAGUAGUAAAUGCCAUACCUUGAUGGAUGUUGAAAAUCUUACUUACUUUGGUUAUAGGGGAGAAGCCUUAGCAAGUAUUCGAGAAACUUGUCGUCAACUUGAAAUUGAAUCUCGUAUAAGGAAUGAUCCAUCAACACAUGUAUUAAAAUUCAAAGCUGGAGAAUUCUACUCCUUAACCGAAAAAGAACCCCGUUCCAGCGGUGGAAGUUCUAUCUUCGUGGAUGGACUAUUUUAUAAUUUACCUGUAAGAAAGAAAAUGAUUAAAGAAAAUAUAGAAAUGGAACAAAUCCGUUUAACUAUGGAGGCUCACGCGUUAAUUCAUAAUAAAGUCUCGUUUACAUUGAGAAACGAUACGAAUGGUGCAAAACUACUGCAAACUCACAAAUGUAGCGGAAUGCUUGGUUCUUUCACCAGUAUAUACGGCUCAAAGAAAGCUGAUUCACUUGAAAAGAUUUCAGCUGCAAAAGAGAAUUUUACUGUAGAUGGUUACAUAUCAACUCAAAGUUAUAAGAAUAAGAAUUUACAAUUUGUAUAUGUUAAUAGAAGGCUAGUUUUACGUACUAAAAUUCAUAAAACUAUGAAUUUUUUCUUAAAGAGGUCUUUAAUUUGUAAAAAGUUUCAAACUGAUGAGAAUGGAGCAUUGAAAAGAGAGAAUGACAGACAUCCUUAUUAUAUAAUUAAUAUCGAUUGUCCUUUAGCAGAAUACGAUAUUACAUUCGAACCGAGGAAGACUUUAGUUGCUUUUAAACAUUGGAGAGUUUUAAGUCAGUGUUUAGAAGAUAUGCUUCAUUUGUUUUUACAAAGGCAAGGACUAGGGUACGGUGUUGAUUCACUUGAACAUAUUUUAGCUCAGUCGUCGACAUCGUCAUCUUCAAAAGAUAUACCACCGACAAGAACGAAGGAUCCAGCCACCGAUAUAACUGUCAAUGAUCUAUUGCAUAAAAUCACUACUCGAUGUGCUCGUCAAACGACUCGUGUUAAUGACAAUCAGGAAGACGAGGAUGAUAAAAGGGAAAUGGAGCUGGAGAUCAAUGACAGAGAGGCUGGAAAUAUUGAAAUCCAAUCGAGUGAAGAUGAUUUAAAUGAAAGGUGUAUGGAUGAAGAUGAUAUAACAAUGAGAAAGAGGGAAAAGAGAGAUUUCUCGGCAUUUGGUAAAAAGAGGCGAAAUGUGGUUAAUUCUAAAGUGGCAACAAUCAGAAAGAAAGAUCUAAUGAGAAAUCGAUCUGGGAAAAUAAUUAAAGAGAAAUAUCGAGAUAAGUCCAAUGCUAACCUUCAUAAAAAACGUAGUAAUAAAAGUUCAAUGUUUGGUCACUUACAUAAAUUACACGAAAAGCUGAAGAAAAUGAGUCCACCCAAAAAAUUACCAGGCUUAUGCCAGCAAACGACACGGGGUAAUUCAGAUGCUAAAAAGCUGGCUGUUAAACUUAGAGAUAACAAUAGAAAACGAUCUGAAAACGGAAAUUUAGAUGAUAUUCUUGUGUCGGAUGAUGAUGAUUCCAGUUUAAGAGCUUUCAGUCCAAAAAAGAGAAAAUAUAAUGAUAAUAGGAAAUCGUCAUUUCUAACUAGUAAAUAUCAUCGAUCAAGAGAAAUAAUGAACGAAAGAGAACAGGCAAUGGAGCAGUAUAAAUUAUAUAAACGACGUGUAGCAAAAUAUCUUUUCGCUCCCUCCGUUAUUAGUCAUAAUGUUAAACAGGAAACAACAGAGAUUAUUAAACGUAGAAGGGAAAAGAUUGAAAGAAAAAGCACAAAAGUAACAUCACCUACUUCAUCUCUACUACUUGAUAAUUCUAGCUCAUACUUGGCCAGUGAUAAAGAGAACGAUGAGCGCUUGAGUCGUCGUCGUUACUUUCCAAAGUUACCCGAUCGCUUAAGGGAAGAACAAGAUACGCUAUUAGCUAUAAAAAGAACGCAAAAUAGGACAAAUCGUCUAAAGGAAAAAGUUGAAUAUCCAACAGAUAAUUCUAUUCCUAAAAUUUCGGAUGAUAUUCUUUAUACGAAAGUCGCUUGCGCUAUGAAUGAAUAUCUCGUAGGAGAAAAAACUUCCGCUAGUAAAAAAGAUAAAGAGGAUUAUUGCAUAGAAUUUAUGACAAAACAAAAGCAAACGAAACGUAAUGAAGGAGAAGUAUCGUUAGAAAAUAGAUUGACCAAUAAUGAAGAAGGUUUAACAGGGAAUAGUGAUUUAUUAAUGACUAGAAAUAAUUACGAAUCGUUGGAAGUAGAAUUUAAACAAAUCGAGAAACAAUUUAAAAAAACUUAUAAAUCUAUGGAAAAUGAUUUGAAACGUACUGAAAAUUCAAUCAUGAAAAGUGAUGAUUCAAGAUUAUCUUUGGAUGAUGAGAAAAAAAUUUCGAAAGGGAAUGAAUUUCUUUCAAAUGAUCAAUCGAAUUCAAAAGAUUCCGCAGGAAAGAGUAAUCCUCCGAAAAUGAAUGACGAAAUUCUAUGGUCAAAAAUAGCUGUUGCUUUUAAGGAAUGCUUUAUAAAGACGCCUAAAGAUUGCUCUACUACUAAUAUUAUUGCGGAAUCUGAUCAAAAGUGUGACUCCGAUAAGAAAGAUGAUAGUUUCGAACCUCCGGUUGGAAAGUUGGAAGACACCGAGGAAGGCACUGGAGAACUCUUUAUUGACACUGAAGAUUCGGAACAUGAUAAGGAUGAUGUUGAACAAGAGAAAUCAGAAUUACAAACUGACUGUUCAAAUAGAUUAAAGAAUUUGGAUAUAAAUGAUGAUUUACCAGAAAUAUCACCAGUCCAAAAGGAGGUUAUAUUAGACAAACAGGACGAAACCGAGAUUUCUCCUAAAGGUAGCAGUCAAGGAUUUUUAGUCGACAAUAGUUACAAAGAUAGCGAAAUAAACAAUUUACCUACAAUAAACCUGGAAGAUAUGUCUGAUGUUCAAGCUCAAUCUUAUGGUCCUGAUGAGAAAAUGACUGCAAACAAUACUGUAGAAUCUAAUGACCAGCAAAUAGUGGUUAAUAAACCUAAAUACGACGUUAAAUCAUUAAGAUCGACAAUGAAAAGAAAUUUGAGUUUAAAAAUAGAUUCAAGAUCAUCAAAUUUAACAAAAGGAUACCUUUUUAAGAGGAAACAAGAAGAGAAGGAAAAACUAAACAAAGAAUUGUUCACCGAGAUUGCUGAUGAUAAUUUAUCGGAUAAAUGGAAAGAUGGAUGUAUACCGAUAUCUAUUGCUGCUAUGUCAGAUGAGAAGCUUAAAGAGGCUUGGGGUAAAGUUAAAGAUCCUUGUUUCAACAUACCAAAAUUGCGUAUUAAAGAUAUUUCUAUUGGAACAAAAGAUCAAGAGUUAACAACGUUUUUACAAAAUAUUACCGGUGUUCAAUUGGAUUCUAAAAUACUUAAAGAAACAAAAGUUAUUGGACAAGUAGACGAAAAGUUUAUUGUUAUUUCUAGUCUUAUCAAUCAUUUCGGAAUAGAUAAAGAAUUGAUAUUAAUUGUUGAUCAACACGCCGCGCACGAACGUAUUCGCCUUGAAUAUUUUACAAAAGAAGCGUGGAGUAAUGGUAAACUAAGAAACGUUUCUGUGAGUCCACCUAUUACUUUAGAACUUAAUUCAAAAACUGUUAGAAUGAUAUCGUCGUUUUCAAAACAACUUGAACAUUUUGGUGUAGAAUUUGAAGAAGAUACAAGAGACACAAUAAUUCUUCAUUCUUUACCGGCCGCUCUUGUUGAAAAAGUAUCUAACGAAAGUCAAUCAGCUAUAAAUGUUUCGUUAGAAUUAGUUGAAAGUUUUUUAGAAGAUGAAAUCGAAGUAUGACUUUUAUUAUAAUUAUUUAAUAACCAAGUAAAUUUUUGUUACUGCAUUUUCGAAAGCUUUUACAAAACACUAAAGGAGCUAAUCGUUCUCUUCCGAAACUCGUUUCGGAUAGUUUAAAUACGAAAGCUUGCCGGGGAGCUAUAAAAUUUGGUGAUUCUCUAGAUUUAAAUGAAUGCGUUAACUUAAUUAAGGAUUUAAGCACUUGCAAUUUACCCUUUCAAUGUGCUCACGGCAGACCGUCGGUUAUUCCUCUUCUAAAUUGGAAGCAAACUACUGGUCGCAAAAAGAAGCUACCGAAUUGGGCGAAUUUGAAGAAACUCUCGCAAAUCUAUAAAUAAUUUAACUUAUUAAGUAUUUCGUCUCUUUCUUUAAGAUUUAGACGCAUCUACUAUCCUUUUCUCAUAAAAUACAGAGAGAAAGAUAUAAUUUAUUAAUUAAUUUAUUAUUACGAAGUGA